UGUUCAUCCUUUUACUUUUUUUUUCUUCUUUUCUUUCUUUUCUUUCUCCAGCUGUUAUAUUAAUUACGUUCAUCUCAUUACUUCAGAUACUUUUAUGAUACAUGGCCAGCCUAAAGCAUGAACUCGACCAGUGGAAUGAGGGUGUGAUUGCAUUCGACAAAGGUCUGUACGAGGACGCCCUUGAGAUCUUUGAGCCGAUAGCAGAUUCCGCCAAGAUUCACUUUAAUAUAGGCGUGGUCUUAGCCACCAUUGGUGACUUUGAAGGAGCUAGUGAAGCCUAUGAACAAGCUACCAAACUAGACCAGUACCUUGCCAUUGCGUACUUCCAGAACGGAGUUGCCAAUGUCGCGCUCGAAAACUAUGGCAAAGCUUUGACAUGCUUUCAUGACGCCUACCUGUAUCUCCGAGGAAACAUGGUCAUUGACUACACACAGCUGGGGCUGGACUUCAAGCUGUAUUCAUGCCAAGUUCUCUUCAACCGUGCCCUUUGCUAUAUUGAGCUCAAUGAGAUGGAUCUGGCUAUGAAUGACAUGUGGCGUGCAUCCCGCGAAAAACAAACAAAGGAUCAUGACUUCCUAGAUCAGGCACUCAGGGAUAAAGGACAGGAUGCCACUGUCUUCACUCUUCCUCAUGGUGUUCUUUAUAGACCUGAUGAAGCCAAAGUCAAAAAUUCAAAGAAGAAGGAUUAUCUUGGUAGUUCCAAGGUGAUUGCCGCAGUAGAUGCCUCAGAUAGUUUUGCAGGAUUCAAGGGUAGAUCAGCUUGGCAGGUUCAGAUGAGUGGGCCCACUAAUGUUGCCGCAGUUGAAGAACGACCCAUGACACCGCCCACUGGACUUCAACGUCGCGCCACAAGCAGGAGAGAUGCAGAUACUGAUCGACCAACCCUAGAGCAUUCUGCCUCGUUCAAUGGCAUGGAUUCCUACCAUCGAGGUAGACAAGGACCGGGACCAUCAGGUCUUGGUCCCGGUGGCGCAGGCUCAGCUGGUUCUGACGCCGCGUCGAGACCCACAUUGCUCACCCGACGUAAUACUGAGGUGCAGAGACCCACACCAUUGAAUACAGACGGAGGCAGCAACUACUUUAAUAUGAGGGGAGGGGGGUCAGGCUCUGGCACGCCUGGUGGUAAUCUUACAGGAUCUGCAGGAUCUGCAGGCUCUGGAGUACCUGGAAGGAAUCGAUUCCAAGAUGAACUGGAUGAGAUUGAGCAACACGUUCAUGCACUUAGUCUGGAGUCUGGACGAACCAUUAAUACAUACAGGAAUGCAGGUGGAUCUGAUGUACCAACAAGAUCCAAUUCUGGAAACAGUAUGCGUUCAAAUAUGUUGCGCAAGCCAUCGCAAUCGUCUAAACCCUCCUCGCCAGAUGCGGGAAUGAGCAAUGGUGGAGCUAGCCCACCACAGCAGUACCAGGCAAUGUCGAAUGGACGAUCCAGUCCAGGAAAUGUACCUGCAGUAGCGGAUCUGAGGAGAAUGAACAGUUCUGCACGAGGAUUAAGUCGUGAUAAUAGUGUUCGAAGCACAGGUUCGGGGGGUGGUUUCCGGUCUCUACCAGUAGGUGUACAUGCUAGUCCGUUGGGAUAUGCUACUAGUGUAAGUGGGCGUUCAGAUGAGGGUUCAUACGCUGAAGAACCUGUCUAUAAGCUCCGCGUCAAGUGCCAUUAUAUUGAUACAAGGGCGGUCCUUGUAAGGGCAGAUACAACGCUCCAAGAGCUGUCCCAACGUGUUCAGGAAAAGUUCCAAAUGAAUCGACCAUUGAAGCUCAAGUACAAGGAUGAAGACCAACAUAUGCUCUCCAUGGUGGAUGAUGAAGAUUGGCUUAUGGCGAAAGAGGCGCAUAUCAUCAAUGCAGGCAAUCUGGAUCGGAUGGAGCUUUGGUGUUUUGAUGAAGAGUAAUCAAAUACUAUAAAGGGAGGAGAAAAAAGAAAACUCCUUUAAUCAAUAUACUUGAGAG